AUGACAAAUGAAAUGACAAAAAAAAGAGCACAACCUACUCUUCAAACAAGGGAUAAUAAAAAUGAAGAAAUAGAAAACAGUAAUAAUGUUAUGCCAGUAAAUUUAACAGAAACAAAAAGGUUAUUGACAGACAUAACAUCAACUCGAAAUGAAGAAGAAAAAGACAAGAAAGAAAAGGAUAUUGAAAGACUAAAAGAAGAAAAUAAAACAAUGAAAACAAUGAUACAAGAACAACAAAUAGAAAUUAAUCAAUUAAAAGAAAGAAUUGAACAAUCCAAUCAAUUAAUACGUCAAAUACUUCAAAUAUUAACUAAAUAG